AAGUGCAGCUGCUUCAGAAUGAGGUGGCAGACGACAGUGAGAGCAGGUGGCUGGGGUAAAGUCAGAGCAAGGGGAUAAUGAUGAAUGGAGCUGCGGGACCCUCGCGCAUGGAUCACCGCGAGCGGGUUCUCAAGUUAGGCGAGAGUUUCGAGAAGAAGCCGCGCUGCGCCUUCCACACUGUACGCUAUGACUUCAAACCUGCUUCUAUUGACACUUCUUGUGAAGGAGAGCUUGAAGUUGGCAAAGGUGAACAGGUGACAAUAACUCUGCCAAAUAUAGAAGGUUCAACUCCACCAGUUACUGUUUUCAAAGGUUCAAAGAAACCUUACUUAAAGGAAUGCAUUUUAAUUAUUAACCAUGAUACUGGAGAAUGUCGACUAGAAAAACUCAGCAGCAACAUCACUGUAAAAAAAACAAGAGUUGAAGGAAGCAGUAAAAUUCAGUAUCGUAUAGAGCAACAGCAGCAACAAAUGCGGAAUUCGGCUAGGACUCCCAAUCUUGUUAAACAUUCUCCGUCUGAAGACAAAAUGUCCCCAGCAUCUCCGAUGGAUGAUAUUGAAAGAGAACUGAAGGCAGAAGCUAGUCUAAUGGACCAGAUGAGUAGUUGUGAUAGUUCAUCAGAUUCCAAAAGUUCAUCUUCUUCAAGUAGUGAGGAUAGUUCCAGUGACUCCGAUGAUGACGAGUGUAGAUCUUCUCCUUCUGAUCCAGGGAUUUACAUCUCAGGGCAUCCUGUCAUGUCUGCUGUUCCACAGAGUAGGAUUCCUGAUUCGGAUGCUGGCCGGGAUAGAUCUCAUGACAACAAUGGCCUUCUGAUGAGUACUUUAAGAAAUGAUUUGCAGCUGAGUGAAUCAGGAAGUGACAGUGAUGACUGAAGAAACUUUCAGCUAUGUAUAAAAGUUGUCAGACAUGGGAUAGUUUAUAUUAAGAGUAAAAAUUUCUAAGACUGAAGAAAAUGUAUCUUAACUUUUGGUGAUAAAGGAAAUUAAACUUGAUUCAGAAUUUUCAGUUGAUAUCAUAUUUUUGACCUUUUAUGAGUACUAGCAUUUUCACGUGCAUUCCAAUACCAGGGUUUUACAGACGAGAAAACAGAGGUUAGGUAACUUGCCCACAUAUUGUUAGUUAACAAGUGGCAGAUCAGGUGCUCUAGGGUUCAAGUUCAAUGCUCUAUUUUGCCACACUGCUGUCUCCAAUUGUGAAAUGUCAAAACAAUUGAGUUAUAAUAAAUGUCCAUGGUUUUAAUUAUA